AUGUUUAUGCCCGGCCCUCGCAAGAGCGCUCAGCGCUCCAAUUCGCAAUCCUCCCUCACCUCCGCAUCCUCUUCCUCUUCCUCGACCAUCUCCCAGGUCUCUACCCCGUCGCAGCCUUCGCCCUCCAACCAAGAUCCCACCUCAUGGACUACGCGCAAGAAGAGCUCAAGAGGCAUCUGGCCAUCAGGAAAAGCAGAGCCCACCGCCGGCCUCUCCACCACUCGUCCUCAGCCCGUAUCUUCGACUUCGUCUGGUCCGUCUGCCGCAUCCGCAAUCUCAGCCCUCCACGGCCCAAUGCUUCCGUCACAGCAAAUGUCCGCUGCCCAGAACGGCUCGCUUCGAGGAGGUCAGCCCCCGUCCGACACACCCGCUAUUCUUCAUCUCUCCCCCAUGAACGGCACCUUUGAACGCAAGACCAUCAGCGUCCCCUUCUACCCUGAUGUCCUGCGCAUCGGCCGUCAAACAAAUGCAAAAACCGCCCCGACACCUGCCAAUGGUUUCUUCGACUCCAAGGUUCUCUCCCGUCAACAUGCCGAAAUUUAUGCCGAGCGCAACCUGAAUGGAAGAAUCUACAUCCGCGAUGUCAAAUCGUCCAACGGUACCUUUGUCAAUGGUCAGAGAUUGUCACCCGAGAACAAGGAGUCAGAGCCACAUGAAUUGCGUGAGCAAGAUGUUCUCGAGCUCGGUAUCGAUAUCGUCAGCGAGGAUCAAAAGACGAUUGUUCACCAUAAGGUUGCUGCUCGUGUCGAACACGCUGGAAUCUACAAUCAGACUGCCGAACUCAACUUUGGUGAAAUGGACCCUUCCCAUCAGAUGAAGCGUAGCGGUAGCCAGUCUUCGCAACAAAGCGCAAAGGCCAACGCUAUGGCUGCCGUCAUGGCUGCUAGGGACUCGAACGCCAUGCAACAGCCGCAGUGGGCUCGUGGAUGGCCUUCGACUGUGACCACCGAGACGAUUGUGAAGCGUCUGAACCGCGAGUUGAGCAAGCAGGACAAGUCAGCUAAGUCCUCACCUGUCAAGCAGCAGAAGUCCGACUCGAAACCCCCAGUCAUCUUCUCCGAACCUCCUGCUCCGCCACCGCAAGCGCCUUUGCCCGAAAAACCGGAUGUCGCGAAGGCUCUUGCUGAUCCUGCUAUCCAACCACUCCUUAUGCGCUCCGAGACUGCACGCCCUAUUCUUGCCCCCAAUGGAUCUCCCACUCGAGCCGACCAUUCACAAGCUCUUCUAAUCCUCACACACGAGUUGAAAAUUGCCAAAGAUCAGAUUCCAAGCCUUGAAGAUCGUGUCAGAAACCUGGAAGAGGCACUCAAACUGGAGCGCAAUGCUCGCGAGAACGCCGAAGAAAGAGCUUCCUUGCUGGAGUCGUCUCAGAAGUCUCCUGAUGACCCAGAGGACAUCACUAGCACUGAGCAGCAGGAUGACUCUGCCGCGAGUGACAAACUACCGAAAGAUGAAACCCGCGAUCUCCAGUCGCAGCUUGACAGGCUUCGUGCCUCUACUGAGGAUAUGAAGAUGCAAAUGGAGGCCUAUCGACGUCGAGCAGAAAUAGCAGAGUCGCAGCGUGAUGAUGCGCACCAGACGCUCGCCGAAAUGGUCGAGCAGAAGCGAAAGGAGAAUGCAGAAUUGCAGCGCCAGCAAGAGACACCAUCUACCCCUCCAAGCUCGUUCUCCAGCCCCUCGAGCACUACAAUGUCUUCGAAUGGCCAGAUCUCAGAGUCUUUGGUCGAAGGGAGCUUGCACAAUCUUUUGGCUGAAGCCGGCAUCAACGCGAAUGCGGCUUUGUCACCAGAGCAAGCUGCGUCGAUUCAGCGACUGCUCGCCCGCAAGAUGCCGGUCGCUCAACGUGAUGUUACCAAUGACUCUUCCGACAAUCUGAAGGAGCAACUUGCCCAUCACGGCCUGCCGCUUGGAUCUGGUUUCAUUGUGGUCGUUGUUGGCAUGGCUCUCAUGCACUACUUGGAUGGUUGGGAGAAACUGCACAGGUGA